AUGAGAGCCAGUCUUGCGGCUGCGGCAGGCAAGAGGGAACUGGCCAAGUACUUUUUGGCAGAACUGCUCUCAGAGCCAAGCCAGACAGAAAAUGAAGCCCUGGAGUCUGAGGACUUGUCCCGAGGGGCUGAGCAGGAUGAAGUGAGACUGGAGCUGGAGCGCUCGGCUAACUCAAACCCCGCUCUGGCGCCCCGGGAACGCAAAGCGGGCUGCAAGAACUUCUUCUGGAAAACUUUCACAUCCUGUUAGCUUUUGAAACCCACCUGUCCUCCCCAUCCAUCCCUGCCUUCUUCCUAGCCCCCUGCCCUGAGCAGAACCUUCACCACAAGAGGCGAAGACUGUAAAUACUCAAUCCACGGUUAUGGUGAAAUUAAACAAACAAGGAAAAUUUGAGUUCGAUUUCCAGUUGUUUUAAUAAAACUUUCUGUUCCAAUUGUACACGAUUUGCUUGAGUUGUGAUUUCUCACUAGUUCUUUAAUGACAUGCACUCUGCAACUCUUUCAGAUGUAAUAUUUUUAAUUCUUUGUUGCAAUAAAGUUUAUGUUUCAAACGGUGA